AUGGCGACCAGGCGAAACACGCUGCGGACUGUGCAGAAUUUGAGGUCAAAACGUAUUUUGGCCCUUGUACCCCAAGAAAACGCUCAAUCUGAUAUAAGUGGGACAUCGAACUCUGAGAAUGAGCUUGAAGACGAAGUGUACAACUUUCAAAGUCGAGCUUCUGAGUCAUCUGAAGCACCAUCAAUUGACUCUGCUUUAGAACGGCUCGAUAUAGAUUUUUCCGAUGACAAUUAUCCGAAUACGGCUCCGACUGAUCACACAGGAUAUGAUGAGACUGACAAUUAUGAUGAUGACCACCAAGAAAAUAACUUUUCACUGACAUCCAUAAGUUCUUUACCAACACUUUCUCCAAUGUCAAACAUACCUUCUAUGACGCCAUCAUUUAUAAUCAACCAAAGAAACCUAAGAAAAAAAUUGUUAAGCGGUAUGGCUUUAAUGAAAUCAAGUGAAGUCCCUGAAGAUGCUGUUGCACUAAGUGAAAUCGAAGCUACUACCUACAUGUGGGAUUUGGUUAACAACUGGGAAUCGCUUUCAGACACAUGGGCCUUACGAUUCACACCAGCUAUACUUGGUUCAAUUAAUGCCGGUUGUGGUGUGUUUAUAAAUUCUUACUACCGUCGAAAGCUAAAACUUGGCACAUAUGGAUAUUUUUCAUCUGUGAUUCCCAUAUCAAUAAUGCCAGGGGUUCUCACUGCACUAUUUCAUAGACAUUUGGUGUCAACGGAUAUGCUGUUGAUGAAGACUGAAACUUGCCCAAUCUGUUACGAGUUACGAUCGGGGAUGAUUCAAAUUGCAUUGGGUUUCUUUUAUCCCAUGGUGCUUGGACCAACAUCUUCAUUAAUGUUCGCCAACAGAUACUCCACUUACCGAGUACCAGACCUUGCUGAUGGGCCAAAGGUUGUAUUGAAUUUUUUGAGGACAAAAACAAAACCAUUCACAGGGACACUGACAUCCAUGGUGGCGAUACAGUUGGCCGCCUCCACUAUCCUGACGUACUUCGAGAUGAAAAACAAUAUAUCACUGAGACAGAAAAUUUUAGAAAUAGAGAAAAAAGUUUUAAAUGAAUAG